AUGUCAUUCGGAAGGAGGCCUAGCUUGAGUAACGAUCUUAUUUCGGAGGACCCUAACGCCCCUCAUGUCCCUAGACUGACAAGGAGGCUGACAGGGUUCUUGCCGCAGGAAAUCAAGGCCAUUGAGACAACAAUUCCAGCGCAAUCGCGCGAAAUCUGGAACAAGCACAAAGUGCAGAAGUUCAACACGGCUGACGAGUUCCAGGAACGGUUUAUCUCGCAUGUUGAGUGGACGUUGGCGCGGUCUUUGUACAAUUGCGACGACUUGGCUGCGUACCAAGCCACGUCGCAGUCCGUGCGCGAUAAUCUGGUAAUUGACUGGAACAAGACGCAGCAGCGCCAGACCGCGCGCGACCCGAAGCGUGUGUACUACUUGUCACUCGAGUUUUUGAUGGGUAGAGCUUUGGACAAUGCGUUGAUCAACAUGCGCACAGACACAGACGUAAGAGACGUAGGUGACACGGAUGAGACCCUUACCAAGGGCAACACCUCUAGAGAGAUGAUCAAAAAUGCAAUGAACGAAUUGGGAUUCAAACUGGAGGACAUUCUUGACGAGGAACCUGACGCCGCUCUAGGCAACGGUGGUCUCGGGCGUUUGGCCGCGUGUUUUGUUGAUUCCAUGGCCACUGGAAACUACCCCGCGUGGGGCUACGGCCUCCGCUACCAGUAUGGUAUUUUUGCGCAGAAGAUCAUUAACGGGUACCAAGUCGAGACCCCUGACUACUGGCUGAACUUUACCAAUCCUUGGGAAAUCGAGCGCGCUGAAAUUCAGGUCCCUAUCAACUUCUAUGGCUACGUGGAUCGUGGCCAGAACGAGAAGUCAACUUUGGAGCCUUCCGACUGGAUUGGAGGGGAAAGGGUCCUAGCAGUGCCCUACGACAUGCCUAUUCCUGGAUUUAAAACGUCUACUGUUAACAACUUGAGACUUUGGAGCGCCAAACCAACAACGGAGUUUGACUUCAAGAAGUUCAACAACGGUGACUACAAGAACUCUGUCGAGGAGCAGCAACGGGCGGAGUCCAUUACUGCAGUCUUGUAUCCAAACGAUAACUUUUUACAGGGAAAGGAACUUCGUUUGAAGCAGCAGUACUUCUGGUGUGCAGCAUCGCUACACGACAUUGUCAGAAGGUUCAAGAAGGGUAAGAGAGCUUGGUCAGAAUUCCCAGACGCCAUCGCCAUCCAGAUCAAUGACACUCACCCUACGCUGGCAAUUGUUGAGCUGCAGCGCAUUUUAGUCGAUCUCGAGAAGCUUGACUGGCAUGAGGCCUGGAAGAUUGUGACCAGCACUUUCGCGUUCACUAACCAUACCGUCAUGCAAGAAGCCCUAGAAAAAUGGCCUAUCAGUUUACUUGGUCGCUUGUUGCCCAGGCACCUGGAGAUCAUAUAUGACAUAAACUGGUUCUUCUUGCAGGAUGUGGAAAAGAAGUUCCCACACGAUAUGGACCUGCUCUCGCGUGUUUCUGUCAUCGAGGAGUCUUCGCAGGAGAGACAAGUUCGUAUGGCCUACUUGGCUAUUAUCGGGUCCCACAAAGUCAACGGAGUGGCUGAACUGCACUCUGACCUGAUCAAGACCACCAUCUUCAAAGACUUUGUGAAGAUCUAUGGUUCCAACAAGUUCACCAACGUCACCAACGGUAUUACGCCAAGAAGAUGGUUAAAACAGGCCAACCCUAAACUGGCGCAGCUUAUUAGCGAAACAAUCAACGACCCUGAGGACAACUACUUGCUUGACAUGUCAAAACUCACACAAUUGAGCAAGUAUGCCGAGGAUGAGAAGUUCCAGAAAAAGUGGAACGACGUGAAGCAGUUCAACAAGCAGCGGCUGGCGGACCUCAUCAAGAAACUCAACAACGGCGUCGACAUUAUCGAGCGCGACCACAUCCGGAAUACCCUGUUCGACAUCCAGGUCAAGCGCAUUCACGAGUACAAGCGCCAGCAGAUGAACAUUUUUGGCGUCAUUCAUCGAUACUUGACCAUGAAGGAGCUCCUGCAAUCCGGUGCGUCUAUCGAGGAGGUCGUAAAGAAGUACCCACGGAAAGUUUCGAUUUUCGGAGGCAAGAGCGCUCCCGGAUACUACAUGGCGAAGCUCAUCAUCAAGCUGAUCAACUCCGUGGCCGAUGUCGUCAAUAACGACAAGGAAAUCCAGGACCUGCUCAAGGUUUACUUUAUCCCAGACUAUAACGUCUCCAAGGCCGAGAUCAUCACGCCCGCCAGCGACCUCAGCGAGCACAUCUCGACCGCGGGAACCGAGGCCUCCGGUACAUCCAACAUGAAGUUCGUCAUGAACGGCGGUCUCAUUAUCGGCACCGUGGACGGCGCCAACGUCGAGAUAACUCGCGAGAUCGGCGAGGACAACAUCUUCUUGUUUGGAAACUUGGCCGAGAACGUCGACGAGCUGCGCUACAAGCACCAGUUCCACAACGAGGGCGUCCCCGCGUCCCUCGCCAAAGUUCUGGACGCCAUGCAGAACGGCGCCUUUUCGCCCCAGAACCACUCCGAAUUUAUGCCGCUGAUCGACAGCAUCAAGUCUCACGGCGACUACUACUUGGUCAGCGAUGACUUCGAGGCCUACAUCUCAACUCAGGAGCUCGUAGACCAGGUUUAUCACAAGGACAAGAAGGAGUGGCUCAAGAAGAGCAUCUUGAGCGUUGCCAACAUUGGUUUUUUCAGCAGCGACAGAUGUAUUGAAGAGUACGCUGACACUAUCUGGAACGCCGAGCCUGUGAAGCCCGAGUAG